AUGUCAUCUUUAUCACAGCUUAAUACUGAGCAGGCGCAAGUCUUGGAUAUUGUCCGUGGCUUUCACGAGUAUUUCAGUUCCCCGCCCCCAUUUAAAGAAGGAGGACGCUUCACUCUGCCGCAUGGCCUAAUCACUGUUCCUUUCCCACCAGAGAUGGGUGGUCUCAAGACAGAAAGCUUUGAUGACAUGUAUGAGCGCGUUAGUGGAUUGCUCGCCAAACAACAAGAGUCCGGACCAACAGGCUUCAAACAUCAAUUGGCAGAGCCACAGGCGAAUGUAUGGGUCUCUCAAAACAUAGCUGCUGUAUUCGUGGGUUGGUCAGCCUCCAUGGAUGGUCGUGGCGAGUUCAUCCACACCGUUCACCUCUGCACCUUAUACCGUCAAUCUGAAGACAUCCUGAGCGACGGAAACCCAUGGCGUAUCUCAGCACUUGUUGAUAUGAAGCAUCUAUCACCUGAGAAGCCGGUGCCGUCAGUCGAGACGGGCCCGGUGUCAGAUAUCAUCGCUCCAUUCCAAGACUUUCUCAAGAGCAUCAAAGCUCAAGACUGGGAGGCCAUUCCCGCCCUGCUGUUGCCUGGUACAGGGGCUACGUUAUCGAAAGAUGGUCAUGUACCGGAGACAUUCAUGUGGCCGGAACUCAUUGAGCACCUACAGCAAGAAGCUCAGAAUGAACCUACAAUUGAGAAGCGGCUUCUUAACUGCGAGGCACGGCGUUGUAGCGAUCUGGGCUUCGUUUGGGCGCCGUUCGUGGUUCGGGUUGAUGGCGUUGAAAUUUCCCAUGGAGUAUGUGUCUGCUCCUUUAGGUUGGAGGGAGGACGAUGGCUUAUUAGUAGUCUUUGCGAGACGCGCUAUACUAAGUGA